AUGUCUCCCAAGCAGCAGCGCAUCGUUGUCCAGCGCGGUGGCGGUUACAGCCCCGAGCCUGAGGGUUUCUUCUCCAGCACCUACAGCACCUUGACCUCGCCCGAGAACGCCCCCUUGUUCGCAGCCUCGUCGCUUUCGGCAACAAUCUCCGCCCGAUCGCAUGGCGAGACCCCUAGAGUCGCAUGA